CAGUUCUGAUAUCAGUGUUAAAAAGUAAAAAGCUUGAUUUACCUGAAUUCACCUUGUAGAAUGCACUCCAAAUCUAGUAUGCUUUCAAGGCUUAGUAUGUCUUUCAAAAUUAUUGUGCACUACAGAUUUUACAUCCACUCCAAAUCUAGUAUGUUUUCAUAUACAAAAACUUUAAAUAUGAUGGUGCUUAAUAAAGAGAUUUGAUUUUCUUUAGAUCAAUGAGAUUCGUCUUUGUUUGUACGUGUGAUAGAGGUGUCCUGUAAAGGAGCGGUCACACUACAAAUUUAAAUCCUUUUGACUUCCAUUCAUACGCAUGCGAAUGCGUCAGACCGACAAUGCAAGCUCAUGCAAAAAGUUUUGAAUUUUGCUGAACUCUGACCUGUGAAUUCGCAUCACGUGAGAACGUGUGACCAGUAGAUUUUGAAAGAACGCAUUUUUUUUUACAGUAAAGUUGAGUAGAUUGUAUAUUUUUACAUUUUGAUUGUUUUAUUUGUUAUAUGUUGAAUUCAUGUUUAUAAAAAAGACGCCGCAGAGUUUGACAUCAUAUCACAACAUUUUGUGUGCUCAAAGUCUAGUGUGACCGCGGCUUAAGUCAGUGAUUACAUGGUACAUGCACAUCCUGUAUUGUCACCAUCUGUACUCUGAAUCACAGUCUCUAAAUUACCACCACAAGCACACAACACUUCCACCACAAUCCACACACAUACACACUGGACAACAGCUCUCAGUCAGAAAUCAGACGCAACACACUCACACAAACACUCAAUGCUGGAGUCAGGUCUCAGGCCUUCAACCCUUUUUCGUAUACCUUCAAUCUUUGUAGUACACAUGGCUUUGAUUUUAAAUACCUCAUUUUGUGUUUCUAUCAACUUUCAUUUGGACUCUAAAGUGUUAGCGAGUCAUUCUCAUUCUGAAGUAUCAGUUUCCAUUCUUGGCGACAUUGAGAUGAGGUGUGAAUUAUGCUCAGCGAGAGCCGAGGAGAGAGGCGGGGAGGUGCUGCUGGUUGGAUGCUUGUAUGUGCUUAACAUGGUGUGCAGGUGAACAGUAGAUUCAUCCUGCCUCCCUCCCUUUGCUUUUCCUUUCCACCAUCGAUUCGUUCAAUGAUUUUCUCUUUCAUAUAUCAGACAAACGGAACUUGCAUUGAUGCUUUGUAGAAUUCUGGAUGCUUCCAAGGAAGAUUGCAAGUUCCUUCCCUCCUUUUCCCAUGCCUUUCAGCAAGAACUUGCCAGGCCGAGGCAUCUAAGGUGGAGUGCAACCGGUUUAAUUCUUUAUCUGAGUACCUCAGCAGACCUUGUUUCAAGGGAAUACAUAGCUUAAAUGCUAGAGACAAACUCUCCAAACUGGACUAGACUUAGACGGCUACACCAUCACACCAUAGACUUGCCCACGGGGCUUCAGGAAGUGACAGAAAGGUUAGAAACACUGUCAGGGCUGGACGGAGAUCCGGUUCCUCGUGGCAGGAUGCUGGCUGCUCUGAGGGAUCCCAGGCUGACACGAUGCCAGACUGAUUUGGGUUGGAACAGGAUGGAGGAUUCACUGGCCUCGCUUCCACAUCGCUCUCCAUGGGACUCUGAGGAAGAAGUGUCUGUUAAAGAGAUCAGCAUCACACAUCAUGUCAAAGAGGGCUCGGAGAAGGCCGACCCACAGCAGUUUGAGCUCCGCAAGGUGCUUGGACAGGGCUCUUUUGGAAAGGUGUUUUUGGUGAAGAAGACCACAGGCCCAGAUGCAGGACAGCUGUACGCAAUGAAAGUGCUGAAAAAAGCCACAUUAAAAGUACGAGAUCGGGUCCGGACUAAGAUGGAGAGAGACAUCCUGGUGGAGGUUAAUCAUCCCUUUAUUGUUAAACUACACUAUGCAUUCCAGACUGAAGGAAAGCUCUAUCUGAUUCUGGACUUUUUAAGAGGAGGCGAUCUCUUUACUCGACUGUCAAAAGAGGUGAUGUUCACAGAGGAGGAUGUGAAGUUUUAUCUGGCCGAAUUGGCUUUGGCUCUGGAUCAUCUGCAUGGACUAGGCAUCAUCUACAGAGAUCUGAAACCAGAGAACAUUCUCCUGGAUGAGGACGGCCACAUAAAGCUGACAGAUUUUGGACUCAGUAAGGAGUCGAUCGAUCAUGAAAAUAAAGCAUAUUCUUUCUGCGGGACGGUAGAGUAUAUGGCUCCCGAGGUGGUGAACCGAAGAGGACACACUUACAGCGCUGACUGGUGGUCUUACGGUGUACUCAUGUUUGAAAUGCUGACAGGAACGCUGCCUUUCCAAGGCAAGGACCGCAAGGAAACCAUGACUAUGAUUCUAAAGGCGAAGUUGGGAAUGCCUCAGUUUCUGAGUUCAGAAGCUCAGAGUCUCCUCAGGAGCCUAUUCAAACGAAACCCUUCCAAUAGAUUAGGUGCUGGUGCAGAUGGAGUUGAAGAGAUAAAGAGACACCCGUUUUAUGCUACCAUUGACUGGAAUAAAUUAUUUAGAAGAGAAAUUCACCCGCCCUUCAAACCAGCCUCUGGGAGACCAGACGACACAUUCUACUUUGACCCAGAAUUUACAGCAAAAACUCCCAAAGACUCACCAGGUGUACCCCCUAGUGCCAAUGCCAAUCAACUCUUCAGAGGUUUUAGUUUUGUGGCCAUCAGCUCAGAAGAAGAGUCUCAACCCCUGCAGAACAGUAUGAGCUCUAUAGUUCAGCUCCAUAGAAACGUGUCUCAGUUUAAUGACACAUAUGAGGUGAAGGAGGAUAUCGGAGUUGGCUCGUAUUCCAUCUGCAGACGCUGCAUACAGAAAAGCACAGGCAUGGAGUAUGCCGUGAAGAUAAUCAAUAAAGCUAAACGGGAUCCAACGGAUGAGGUGGAAAUUCUGUUACGCUAUGGACAACAUCCAAAUAUAAUCACCUUGAAAGACGUGUACGAUGAUGGCCGCUCAGUGUAUCUGGUGACAGAACUGCUAAAGGGAGGGGAGUUGCUGGAUAAGAUCCUCAGACAGAAGUUCUUCUCAGAGCGGGAGGCCAGCGCUGUGCUGUACACCAUCACAAAGACUGUGGAGUACCUGCACACUCAAGGGGUGGUUCACAGGGAUCUAAAGCCCAGUAACAUCCUUUAUGUUGAUGAAUCUGGGAAUCCCGAGUCCAUCAGGAUCUGUGACUUCGGCUUUGCCAAGCAGCUGAGAGCUGAAAAUGGACUGCUGAUGACACCAUGUUACACUGCCAACUUUGUGGCCCCAGAGGUGCUGAAGAAACAGGGUUAUGAUGCUGCCUGUGAUAUCUGGAGUUUAGGUGUCCUUCUGUACACAAUGUUAACUGGAUUUACUCCGUUUGCUAAUGGCCCCGAGGACACGCCGGAGGAGAUUCUGGCUCGAAUCGGCAGUGGGAAGUUUUCUCUCACAGGCGGAUACUGGAACUCAGUUUCACUCGAGGCAAAGGACUUGGUGUCUAAGAUGUUGCAUGUAGACCCCCAUCAGAGACUAACAGCUGCACAGGUGUUGAGACAUCCCUGGAUCAUUCACAAAGACCAGCUCCCCAAAUACCAGCUGAACAGACAGGACGCCCCCCAUCUGGUUAAGGGGGCGAUGGCUGCUACAUACUCUGCCUUGAAUAGGAACGUCCCUCCCGUGCUGGAGCCCGUGGGCUGUUCUAUUCUUGCUCAGCGCAGAGGAGUGAAAAAACUGACCUCCACUGCUUUAUGAGCAAAUACCUUCCACCUCCAACCCUGUGACCUCUAGCUUGGUUUGAGCACAGCCUGAACUCGGCUUGCUUGCUGCCCAACUUGUGUCAAGGCCUUUAGAGCCAAGUGUAGAUUCUGAGGACCCCUGGUGGACAAUCAAAAUCUUCCUUCAUUGGUUACUUGGAGGGCCAAUAAAAACAGUUCGCCCUGUACAAUCAUGCCUCUGCUUCCAAACGCAAACCGUUGAAGAAUCUGUGGACUAUUUCUGAGGAGCAAAUUAUGUAUGAAUAUAAAUAUACUGUAUCUCAGUCAUUUAAAAAAAAAGCUAAGAUGUUAAUGUAUUCAGGGAGGAUGGGGAUUUUCAAGGAUGACAACCAAUUUCCUGCACCAAACCAUGCACACAGUUGCGAAAAGCUCCAGUUGUAUGGGGAUAUCAUAUAUGGGAUAUGUUCCUGUCCGGUCCAAACUGAAUAUUCAAAUUGUAUCCUGUUCUGCUCUACUAUUUUACAUCAGGAACGCCACAUGGCAUAUUUAAGUCCCACCAAAGCAUAAUAGCUAUGGUGUAUCCCAGAAAACCUUGUUCUCCCAUCAUCUUUUAACAACAAACUAGGACAAAACCCUCUCCGCAGACCCAUACAAGACUAUAAGUCGAGUCUGAAUGUUUGUAUGACGGCUCCUGGUGUUAGCUUAUCAUUCUUUUUACAGAACAACAAUGUGAAUGAGGUCCAAAGCACAAAAAUGCAGUGGAAGCCUACAUGUAAAUGGCACAGAAUGUCAAAUAGAGAACUCAGGUGAAACGCAAUACAUUAUACAAAAAAAAAUAAGCUGGAACGGAAAUGUAUACGGCUGUAUCGCCUCACCUAAAACCUGCUGACCUGUGUAUUUGUUUGUUUGUAGGGAAGUACAAAAAUGCUAUAUGAUAUAUGUAGUGACUUUUUUUAAGUGACUACUUACAGCCUUGACAUAUUUUUAUAAAUGUGCAUGGGCAAGAUGCUAUAUUAGCUAGUAGCUCUGUGGAAGUAGUCAUGUUUAUGAGCAUGACUGAGGAUGUUUUUCCCCCUUUAUUUUUGUUAAACCACUUUUAAUUCCUUCCAGGUUUGUGUUUUUUUUUCUUCUGAGCAAAUUCUUCAAUAUGUUGUACAUUUUCAUUUCAUCUCAGUUGUAUUUUUCCUGUCUUCGACUUGGAAGAGUGCUGGAAAUGUUGCUGUCCAUAUAAGCUGCUAUCCUGUUCUUUCUUUUGUACAUGUAGAAAAUAAAUUUUGCCAUUUUUACAAAAAGACUUUAA